AUGGCGAAGAAGCUGGAUAUGAUUAAAGAUAUUGAUGGUAAGAGGGAAACUCUGAAGUUGGGAGUUAGAGUUGUUGAUCAUUGGUAUGUUCAGUCCCGUGAUUCUACUCUUCAAUUGGAGAUGAUUCUGAUGGAUGAAAAUGCGGACAAAAUACACUGCAUUAUUUGCAGGGAAGAGUUUGAUUUAUGGGAUAGCAAGUUGAUUGAGGGAGAAACAUAUAUCAUGCACAAUUUCAAGAUACUGAAAAAUGAAGGGCAGUACAGGGUAUGUGAGCAUCCUUACAAGUUACUAUUUAUUGGUGCUACAUCCGUGAAGUUGCAAGCUAUUGCUAAACUUCCAAUGAAAGCUUACAGCUUUAAAAGUAUAAAAGAUAUUGUUAGUGGCAAUUUUAUUCCUGACUUGCUUAUAGUGGUGCUGCUAUUUGUUGUACAUUGUGGGAUGAAUAUUGCAAGAAGUUUAUAUAGAGGUGAAUGGCCAGUUUCUGUUUCUAAUACGUGGAAUGGUACAAAGUUGAUAAUGGAAAAUGAAGUGAUAUUGAGUCAGUGUGCAAGUCAAUUGACUCAGUCUUCCCAAUAUACUGAUGCUGAACGUUUUGUAUAUAAAUGUUUAGUAAAGAGUUUGUCUGAAAUCCCAUUAAUGAAGAAGGAAGUUGUAUGUGUGACUGUUGCAACGACUGUUAAGUUUAACUUAGAUAAUGAGGGCUGGUAUAGGCUCCAAGUCCAGGUCUGUGAUGAUUCAAACAAUUAUGCUAACUUUGUUGUAUGGGACCAAGAAUGUAGCAACAUUAUUGGGUUGUAUGCUGCUGAUUUGCAGAAACAAAUGAUUGAGGCUGGUGAUGAUGAUCCCCUUUGCUUUCCUGAUGCAUUGGAUGUAAUGCUAGGCUGUACCUUUGCUUUUAAAGUUCGAACCCAACCAAGAACUAAGUGUGCAUAUGUCAUUAAAGUUUCAAAUGUUUCAGAAAUAGUGACACAUGUUAAAAGUCUUAUUCCUUCACUUCAAAUUGGUGAUGGUACUGAUAAAUGCAGUAUGGAUUUGGUUUCUGAGAGUUCCAGUGUUAUGAUUUCAGAAUUACGUGGGAAAGCUAUUUGUAAUUUGGCUGCAGACACUAAUACUGAUAUAAUGAGUUUGAGCGCAACUGGUGAGAAUGAGUUGGAUUAUGUUGUAAUUGGAACUCCAGGAAAGAGGUUAUUGCCAUGUAGUGAAAAUUGCAAUGAAUCUUCUCAGGACAUCGAUUCUGCUCAAUUAUCCAGCACUAAGAUGAAGAAGCUUAUUAAGAAGGAGAAAACUUAA